UAAACAAAUUCUAAGAAAAAUUAAAAAAAUAUCGUGUAUUGAAGUGUAAUUCGAAAUUCGUACCUACGUCAUAUCACACCUGACAUCUGAUAGACUCUCAAAAUGGACACCUAUACAAAACACUGACUAAACAAAAUGUAAAAACACAGAAACCAACCACCUCCCAUUUCCUAUAACUCUCUGAAUAGCUAGCUGUAACAAUGGGUAAGCCAAAAUUUGAUCUACCGUCAUCCACGUUUCCCUACAAGAUUCCCAGAAGACUCAAUAUAUUGAGUAUACCAAGAAAGUACAUUAUUGAUACUAGCGAUGGCAUGCCUGCUUUGACACCUAGAGGUAUCAGGAAGUCCGCUCUCUAUAGUCAAAUAUCGGAUAGAGUCAAUGACGUUGCUUGGCCUUAUAUAAAACGUUUUCUAAUAAUCAAACGGAUGUACAAGCACCGUUUCAGUCAAGAGCGACUGGAACGCAUCGACCGCAUGAUAGAGGCUGCCAACGUCACGUGCUACUCGAAGUUAGCCAAUUGCGUAUUGGACUUGAAGAAAACGGACACAAAAGAAGUGAAAAAGAAAAAAUGCUGGUCCGAAAGUGAAUGGAAAAAACAUAUGGAUUAUAUCAGUCAGAUUGCAGGACCUAAAAAGGACUUUAGACCGCCUUCUAUUAAGAGAGGCACGGGCAAACCACUUGAAGCAUUGCUACCUCGAAUCAACCAAAUAUGCAUGAUGCCUGAUUUCAAAGUCUAUAGACGGUUAUCCCAAGAAGUUUGGUAUAGAAAUCCAGUCAAGGUCCCUCCUAAUGCAUUGAAGUACGUAAUAUCUGACAGAGUAAAAAAGCUAGCCACUCCGAGAGCUAUACCGCAAGGCGACUAAAAAUCAUCGUAGUAGCUCCCGAAUUAAAAUUCUUAUUAUUAUAAUUGUAAUGACGAAAAUAAUGUAAUUUCAUAAAUUUGUCGCACGUAAUCUACUUGUUAUAUUGAAAUAGAAACAUCUAUAUUGUUCUGUUGUAAACAAUCUCUAAAACUUUUAAAGUUAUAAAAUACAUAAUGUAUUAUUGUAUUACUUUCGCCAAUAUGAUUAUAAAAAUAUUCCAGAACAUUCAAAUAUCAA